AUGGAUGAAAUUUACUUACAGUUUCUGCUGUGCCAGUGCGUGCUGAAUCGGGCCGACUGGGGUCUGACCAUUGGCUGUAUCAAUGUGAUGUAUUCCUUCUUUCUGUUUAAUUUCUGGGGAGUGGAGCUAGUCAGGACCUUACACGACUACCCCGUCAAGUGGAUGGUGCUGUACGGCUUCAAUAUCAUGUUCAAUAUUAUCACCAUGAUGCGUAUCGUGAAGCGGGAGAGUAUAUCGGUCUUCUACUGGCUCUGCGAGACGGCCGCCCUGCUCCUGUUCCGCCUUUAUUUCACGUACGCCCAUGCAGAUUUCUUUUGGCUGACAGACAACCAAUUGUUCUUUGCCCUCAAUGUGGGAGUGGAUGUUUACAUAUUCCUCUCGCUGCUGGUCAUGAUCUAUGUGAUGUGGGGUCUGCAUUUGGAGCAGGCUCGACAGUUUCCCAAGGAGCAAAUGCGUAACGAUUACAAGUACGAUCCGGAGGCGGCUGCAGCAAAAAAAGCUGCUGAGGAGAAGAAAGAUAGACUGGAGAGGCAGAGGAAGCGCGAGCUGGAAAGAGAAAAACAGCUGGAAAAGGAGAAAUUCAGUGAAGAGAUGGAGACAGUUUUCAAUAAUAACUGUGGCCACGAGGAGGAACAGGCCUACGACCCAAGUGCCCCAGAAGAGUCGAAUCUCUAUUCUGACGCCAUCUCCGAGCACAAGGUGGACCAUCUGUGUGCCCCUACCGCCCCUAACGAGAGCACACUCUCCAUGGAUGACGACGAGUGCAAUAGUUUUAUUGAAAUAUUCUUCGGAGGAUAG